AUGGUAUUGGUUUUCUUGCCUCGUUCCCUACAUGACAAGUAUGGUACCCGUUAUGGGGCUAGUCUGCGGAAGCAGAUUAAGAAGAUGGAGGUCAGUCAGCACAGCAAAUACUUCUGUGAAUUCUGUGGGAAGUAUGCAGUGAAGAGGAAGGCUGUGGGUAUCUGGGGAUGCAAAGACUGUGGCAAAGUCAAAGCAGGCGGUGCUUACACACUAAACACUGCAAGCGCUGUGACUGUUAGGAGCACCAUUCGAAGGCUCAGGGAGCAGACUGAGAGUUAA